AUGGAUAUAACACAUUAUGAACUGUCUGUUGAUACGAUUGCAAAUCCUGAAGUAGCUGAUAUAUUCCGGAAACGAGCAAUGAUCAUGAAGGAAAUACGGAAGACAGUAGAAUCUCGACGUUUUGUUGAAGUUGAAACUCCAGUACUGCAGGGAGCAGCUGGUGGGGCUGAAGCAGGACCAUUUGUGACGUACCAUAACUCCUUAGGAAGGGAUCUUUAUCUAAGAAUUGCAACUGAACUUCACUUGAAGAGAAUGCUGGUUGGGGGAUUUGAAAAAGUAUAUGAGAUUAGUCGGAUAUUCCGAAAUGAAGGCAUUUCUACUCGUCAGAAUCUGGAAUUUACAACUAUAGAGGUAUUUAUAAAAAUGUCAGAUGCUGAUUCCGUGCUUGGCAGUGCAAAUAUGCUUCAUAUGAUUUCAAGUUUUAAAAUUGUUUUCCGAAGCUCUGAUUAUCGGCUUUUUUAA